AUGCCUCCUCACCAAAAAUUCUCUCCUGUUACGCUGGAAGAACUCCCGAUAGACGAGUACGAGACGGAUUCGCUACUGGGUUCGGAUGACGAUCUUGACGACACAACCAGAACUGCCAAAAGGAGAAGGAUCGAGACACUAGGCACCUUAUAUUUAAAGGGUCAGCCUCUCUUUAUUGCUUCUGCCUCUCUUCGGGGUCCUUUCGACAAUGGUUGGGUCAAUCCAUGGAAGAAGAACCGCUCACGACACUCAACGAAUGUUGCCAACACGAACCGCAGGGUUGCUACCACCGGUUUUCGAAGGGGGGCUACCUCGGCGACAAAAGACAAGAAUACCGGGGUGGUAGAGAACUCGGAAAAAGCAUCGAAAACUAUACCAAACUGUAAAGACUUUGAAUACGAACACAAUCCACGAGAUAAUUCUGUGUCGUCAACACCGGCGGAACUUGGAAGGCAACAUCAGGGUUCGCCAUUCAUCGUUAAGUCACUGGACUCACGUAUGAUCGAGCCCCCGUCUACUGAGUUCUUAAUACGUCAUAAAUGGCUUAAGAAAGAUAAGGGCAGCUUUAAUAUUCAAAAUUACGACCCGCCCAAAUCUCCAUCUAGCCGAUACACCAGCACGACCAGCCCGACAAAGCGACUCAAACCUUUGAAUAAGAAGCCUGAGCAUAGAUGUAAUCGAAAUAUAGCCUCUUCCAGAACCACCGAUUUUGACAAGAAGUCGAAAUCAAUCUCACCUAAUGUCCACAAUAGGCUUUCAUCUCCAAGCAAUUCUGCUAGAUUUCCAGAUCGCAUGCACCCACACUUGGAUUUGAACGAAGACAGCAAACCACCUACGAAGUGUGAGCCUAUGGAAGAUUCGACUGUUGUUCAAGCGGCACAUGAGGGAUUGCCCAUCGAACCGACUAGUGUGUCUUCUGUUCACAUUAUUCCGCCUUCUUCGCAUCUUCCCGAAUUCAAAUAUCGACUGCCAAAAAGCAAGUCGGCAAAGCAGCCCAAACUUGAGAGCGAGACCAUAUCUAUAGACGGCUCCCUCAAGAACCAGAGGGAUGAAAGAGAACACCCCCCCUUGCAAUCAGCUCUCGGUAAUAGCAAUAGCCGACAGGCCUCGACGCAGACAAAGAAGGAUAGUGGCACACUGGAAGCUUCGGGACACAGUAAUGAACACGAAAGCAGUGAGAAGAUAACAUCUGCUCAAAUUGUACCUCGGCCACUACCAAAUUCCGGUCAAAUAAUAUCUUUAUACUCAACCGACCUUCGAGGUGGGCUGGGCGCUGACGAAAACGCUGGAGCUGAUGGUGAGGAGUUGUCGACCCAGGAAGCCUUGCAACUGGCCCAGAAAUCCUUCCAAGAAGAGUUCUCCACACCAGAAAGAGAUCUUGAAGAUAUUUCAGAACCGAAAGACCGUUUCAUAUCACCUUCCAAAAGGAUAACCCCAUUUUCUCGCAUCAACACGCUGCCUUCAAAAUUAGAAAUCCAGCUAGCAACCGACGUGGGGCCAGAAGCGAUUCAGAACAUGGACACCCAAGCCUUGAUUGAUUCGGUUACUCCUUUUAGUGUAGGAACAAUAAAGAGCGCAGGACUAAGGUCGGAUUCACAACCUCACCCGAAUGUCAGUGCUUUGAAUCUCAGCUUGAAGAGAAGGGCUAGUCUUGCCAUGUCUCCUCCAUCGUCGCCAUCCGGCAACGCUACUCAGGUGGCAUCGAACAUACACACACAAGUUUCUGGAAAUGACUCAUUUUCGGCCCUUCCCUUAACAUUGUCCGUCACGACCCCAGCAACGGACCAGCAAGAUGGCCAGGAGCUUAUGACCGGCACGGAUACGUUUGAUCUCAGCCAAGUGAUCCAAGAUGCCGGCAGUUGGCUCCAACAGAGCUUUGACGUUGCAAAGGAGGGGAAAGCUUUCAACUUCUUUGAUGUCUCUCCAGUCCAGCUUCCGGCGGAGAGCUCACCCGCCUUCAACGAUGAUGUCGCGUGUGUAUGUACCGGAUCCGACAAUUUGUUCCUGGGCAAUAGCGAUGGAUUCGUGCACAUUGUCUCCCCCUCGUUCAAGGUCGUCCGAUCGUUCAAGGCUUACGAUACCGGCGCCAUCCGCCACAUGAAACAAAUCGAAGGCACAUCUCUGUUAGUGACUAUUUCGGAGGAUCUGCCUAGCGAACCUAUACUCAAAGUCUGGGCUCUUGACAAGAUAGAGAAGAAGACCGGUGCCCCGAGUUGUCUAUCGUCGCUAGCGGUGCAAAAUGGCAGGCGACCUUUUCCAGUAUCAACUUUUGCCGCGUUGGACGACUUAUCCCAGCUUGCCGUGGGCUUUGCCAACGGUUCGGUUGCUGUAAUCAGAGGCGACUUGAUAAACGAUCGCGGAACGAGGCAACGCAUUGUAUUCGAGUCGGAGGAACCUAUAACUGGUCUGGAAAUUCAAAGCGGCCACACGACUCAAUCUCUCUAUAUCGCCACGACAAGUCGCAUUCUCACGUUUACACUUGCCGGUAGAGGCCAGGGUCAGCCUGCCCGGGUGCUUGAAGACGCAGGCUGUGCCGUUGGGUGCAUGACUAUAGAUAAAGAGACAGCCGAUGUACUAAUCGCAAGGGAGGAUGCAAUACAUAUCUACGGCCCUCGAGGGCGUGGACCUAGUUAUGCUUUUGACAGUCCCAAGACAUCUGUGCAUCUCUUUAGAGGCUAUGUAGCUUUGGUGUGCCCUCCGAAGACGACAUCUUCAAGACUAGACACGUUGAGAAAGUUUGGUGUGGGACAAGCCGAUGAUCUUCUCAAUACGUCUACAUUCACUCUUCUCGAUACGGACCUGAACUUUAUCGCCCAUUCGGAAGCUAUACUGUCGCCUGUCCAAAGCGUUUUCGCAAUCUGGGGCGACCUAUUCUUGAUAACUAUAGAUGGAAAGAUAACGCGCUACCACGAAAAGAGCUUACAACAAAAGCUUGAAUUCCUAUAUCAAAGAAACCUCUACAUCCUGGCUAUUAAUCUUGCUCAGAAAGCCGGUGUUGAUACCUUUCAGCAAAAUGUCAUAUUCCGCAAAUAUGGUGACCAUUUGUACCAGAAAGGAGACUAUGACACGGCCAUGCAGCAAUAUUUGAGAGCGAUAGAUAACACUGAACCUUCGCAAGUUAUUCGUAAAUUUUUAGAUACCCAGCGAAUCCACAAUCUUAUCGAGUACUUGGAGGAACUUCAUGACCAUGAAAAGGCGACGGCAGACCAUACGACUCUCCUUCUUAAUUGUUAUGCGAAACUCAAGGACACGUCGAAGUUGGACUCUUUUAUCAAGGCUCCAGGCGAGUUGAAGUUUGAUCUCGAAACUGCCAUUGCUAUGUGUCGUCAAGGCGGAUAUUUCGAGCAGGCGGCGUACCUGGCUACAAAGCACGGUGAAAACGACAUGGUUGUUGAUAUACUUAUAGAAGACUCGCAGAAAUACGCCGAGGCUCUAGAGUUUAUUUCUCGCCUUGAUGCUGAAAUGGCCUACCCAAAUUUGAUGAAAUACGCCCGAGUUCUGCUAGGGCAUUGUCCCCAGGAAACGACCCAGAUUUUUAUAGAUUUCUACACUGGAAACUAUCGCCCAAAGAAAGAAAGUGUGCAUACCGUGGAAAGCGAGGCGCAGCCAACAAGUACAGUCCGUAACUUGGCCGCAUUCAUUCCCCUGCCUUACGUGGGAUCGAAUACGCCUACCAAGGCACGGCCUGCUGAAGCCCAAGUAUCACAAGAAAUCGACCUGACCCCCGAUAUUCCUGUCUAUCAUAUCCCCAAACCCCGGACUGCUUUCUCUUCCUUUGUCGAUCACCCAGCCGAGUUUAUCACAUUUCUCGAGGCCCUUAUCACACAGAAGCCAUGGAACGAGGCUGAUAAAAUCGAUCUUUACACCACCCUGUUUGAGAUGUACUUGGACAAUGCAAAGAAAUCGAAAAACGCAGGCGAGAAACAGGACUGGGAAACCAAGGCAAAGAAACUGAUAGAAGGCAAAGACAUCCCGAUAUCAACUUCGAAUGUUUUGCUUUUGUCAAAUCUAUCAGACUUUGACGAAGGAAUGACGCUGGUCAAAGAGCAAGCUGGUCUUCGAUCUGACAUAUUCCGCUCUUACACUACGGCGAAAGACACUCAAGGAGUAAUCAAAGCUCUGCGCAAGUAUGGGCCAGUAGAGCCUCAGCUUUAUGUGGACGCCCUCGCAUAUUUUGCGUCCAGUCCGAAGACAUUGGAAGAAGCCGGUGAUGAAUUAGACGCAGUUCUAAAGAAGAUCGACGAAGACGGAUUAAUGGCGCCUCUUCAGGUCAUUCAAGCGUUGAGCACUAAUGCAGUGGUCACCAUGGGCAUGAUCAAAAGAUAUCUUAGCGCAAAUAUUGAAAGAGAACGGAAAGAAAUCUCAACGAAUCGCCGUCUCAUCUCCAGUUACACGACAGAAACAGAAGCCAAAAAGAGCGAGCUCGAACAACUCGCCUCGAAACCAGCCAUCUUCCAAGCUCGCCAAUGCCAAUCGUGCAGCAGGGCGCUCGAAUUGCCCACUGUCCACUUUCUCUGCAAGCACUCCUUCCAUCAGCGCUGUCUCAACAAUACCGGCGAAGAUGCCGAAUGCCCUGUCUGUGCGCCGCAAAAUUCAACCAUUAAAGCCAUUCGUCGGCGACAGGUUGAGUCUGCAGACCAACACGAACUUUUCAUGGCCGAGCUGCAGCGUAGUAAAGACCGCUUUGGCACGGUCAGCGAUUUUUUUGGUAGGGGGGUUAUGCAGACGCAGAAGAAUGAAUAG